AUGGCGAAGUUUAACCUCCUAAUGUCCUUUUCAUUCCUUUCAGUUUUUCUCCAAAGCCAAAAUGCCAACAAUGUCUUACAGAGGCAGAAACGAGCCAACAGCGUUUUUGAAGAAAUGAAACCAGAUAACUUAGAAAGAGAGUGCAUUGAGGAAAGAUGCUCUUUUGAAGAAGCACGGGAAAUAUUUGAAAACAAAGAAUCCACGACUGAAUUUUGGAAUAAUUACUUGGAUGGAAAUCAGUGUGACUCUAAUCCUUGCCAAAAUGGAGCAGAGUGUAAGGAUGGUAUCAGCUCCUAUGUCUGUUGGUGUCAACCAGGCUUUCAAGGCAAGAACUGUGAAAUCGAACCGAUAAAAUUGUGCAGUUUGAAUAAUGGAAAAUGUCAUCACUUCUGCAAAGCAGACUCAGUAAGGGGAGUGAGGUGUGCGUGUGCUGCAACCUACAAACUUCACACCGAUCAACAUUCCUGUAUCCCAGCAGUGGAACAUGCAUGUGGAAAAAUUGCAUCAAUCUAUGCCGUCCGAUCACUUACUACCAAGUCAAUGCCGGAUUCUGAAAUGAACAGCACCGUCCCAGUCAAUGGAACACUGUACAACAGAACAGAUACUCCACGCAGCAUGAACCGCGAGGAUGCUUCCAACACCAAUAACAGCAUAGCAGCCAUUAAAUACAGCCGCCUUAACCGUGUGAAAUCUAAUGUUACCAAGAUCGUUGGUGGUGAAGAAUGUCUCAGGGGAGAGUGCCCUUGGCAGGUCAUGUUACUGGACGAUAACAAGCAGAGAGUGUUCUGUGGUGGCAGCAUCUUGACUGAAAAAUGGGUGAUUACAGCCGCACACUGUUUUUAUUACCCUGUGACCUUUCGGGUUGUUGCUGGUGAGCACAAUGUUGCAAAAGUUGAACAUACGGAGAAGUAUCACGAGGUGGAGAAAGUGGUGAUGUACCCAAAGUACAACGCCAGUCGGAGCCGAUAUGACCACGACAUUGCAUUGAUCUUGCUGAAAACACCGAUACAGUUCAACAGCUUGGCCAUUCCCGUCUGCGUCCCUGAGAAACGCUUUGCUGAGAAGGUUUUAAUGACACAAGCUUAUGGGAUAGUUAGUGGCUGGGGCCAACUCGCUGACAAUGGAGCCAUGGCAUCAGUGCUCCGAAAAGUCGCCAUCCCUUAUGUCGAACGCAGUAAGUGUAAAGAAUCCAGUAAAUACAGCGUCACUGGGAACAUGUUUUGCGCCGGCUACCCAAAUGGAACUAAAGAUGCAUGUCAUGGAGACAGUGGGGGUCCCCAUGUCACAGGUUACAAGAACACGUGGUUUUUAACAGGCAUUGUUAGCUGGGGAGAUGGUUGUGCAGUUUCUGGAAAAUAUGGCUUUUACACCAGAGUGUCACGGUAUUACAGUUGGAUUAAGGACACAAUCGGGUAUUGA